AGAAAAUGAAAAGAAAGAAAAAGAAAGCAAAAAGGGAAAACAAAAAGAAAAAAAGAAAAAGCGAAAAAAAGAGAAAAAAGCAGAAAAUAAUAAGCAAAGCAGUAGCAAUCGGCAAAAAAACUAUACGG